AUGGCCCGGAUAAUGGCAAACGCGCCGACCUGGGCAGUCGUUCUGGGAACUAUGCGCACGGACGAGUUGAGCGGUGCAGCCUGGAGUGCGGUGCGCCCGUGGGUCUCGUCUGCGGCAUCGGCGCUGGUGACACUCGUGCAACUGGGGCAGUUUAUACCGCAACAUAUUGAGUUAUAUCAACGCAAGAGUGUUGUAGGGCUUUCUGCGUGGACGAUCUUUUUCGGCUCCCUGUACACGUACCUGACCAUGAUCGACUACCUCGUGCAGAGCCGCGGAGUAUGGCUCCGAGCGUGCACCCGAGGUUGGCUGGUGUGCUUCACUGAGAUCCAGCCGUUUGUGCAGGUCGUUGGUUCGUGGCUGCUCGUGAGCCUGCUCUGGUUCUGGUACCUACGUUACGAGAAACUGGAUGAGGCGCGCGAAUUGCAGCGAAUCCGAGCCGGCAUCGUGUUCUCUGACUCUCCAGCGGACGCUCACUGGAAGAGCCCACGGACGGAAACCGUCUCCAAGUUGACGAGUCCGCGUCCAGGGCCGUCGACGCCUCUGCUGAGCACCGAUGAGAACUCGGCCAGCGACCCCGAGGCCGACGCGACCCCCGACCCGCAGUGGUGGCAUGCAGUCCCGCGCGAGCACCGUCGGCACGCGCACUAUCGUCACCACCGCUAUUAUUUCGACGAUUCCGCACAUGCGGCGCUCUUUUUCAAGAUAUUCUUGCUGGUAGUGGUGCUGGUGGCGGUCCCUGCUGCCGGUCUGAUUGGCGGCUACGACACUGGGUCGGGCUGGCUCACCGUCCUGUUCGCUGAUGUGUGCGGCUACCUGGCGACGCUUUUGUGUACAGUGAUGUGGAUACCCCAGAUUAUUACCACUUACACCUACGGACAUCGUGGAAGUUUGUCCACGUUGUGGGUUCUCUUCACGUUCAUAUCGGACGUUGUCUAUAGCUUGUAUUUGGCUGCGCUGGGGGUUCCCUUCAGCGUCUGGGCGAACAAUGUUCCGGACGGGCUCUGCGCAGUCUUUCUCUUCUUCCUGAUUCGGGUCGAGGAACGACGGGAACGUGAGAACACCUCUAAGUUGCAUGCACCUGCAGGUGCUAGCGUAGAGCCCAAUGAAUCUCCGGGCGGGUGCAGUGGUGUCUGUGAUCGGUUACGGGACAGUCAAAGGUCCAGCGAAUGCCCGUCAAUGUGA